UUAGCCGCCGACGCGAUGAUUUGAACACGUCCCUCUCCACGGCCCUCGUUCAACAUGGCCGUGUCGGGCCCGCUCAGAUCUGGCGGUAGUGAACGGCCCUGAAAGACGGUGCUGCUGAUUCUGUCGAACGAAUAAACAACGCUCGAUAAGCGCUCAAGGGGAGACCGAUGAGUCGUGCACGAACCAACAACGGAAAUAAGCAACCAACCAGUCAACCGACUGAUCAUAUGUGACAUCGCGGCGUUGCCGGGUGCCUGAACAUUGCCAAAGUUGCAGGUAGCCCAUAUGGAACAUGUUGGAGUAAGAGAGGUAGCUCUCGGACGUAGAAAAUAAACGACAGAAGAGCAAAGCACACUCGUGAUUGGUCUCGUUGUAUGGGAAUUUGUACAGUGUUUGUGAGUCAGUAGAGUGUUUCAAAAAACAGUUUGUCGAAAACAGGAGACGAUAGUGGGAGAAAUCGCACGUGUCCCCCUUGCUGCACUGUCCAUUGUUUGUUAGAAAGAAAAAAAAAUACCCCUCUCUCAUUGGUCACCAGACUGUGCGACGGAGGGGCUGUGGCUGCAGUAAUUUAAAACUAAAGCGUAAGAAGCGCAUAGCCGCCCCCUAAUUAGCUAGCCAUGUUUUACAUGUUGGCCGGCCCUUUGGGCCGUGCGGUGAAAAUCCAUCGCAUUGUUAUUGACAACCAGAUCUUCCGUCUUCAUUAUAAUGCGACCACGUUACUGCUAGUGUUUUUCAGUAUACUAGUCACCUCAACACAAUACUUUGGUGACCCAAUCAACUGUGUACAACACGACUCGAUUCCUAACAAUGUACUCAAGACCUUCUGCUGGCUACACGGCACGUUCAAUCUUCCUGAAGCGUAUAACAAAUCAAUUGGACCUAAAGGAGUACCAUACAGCGGAAUCGAUAAAUUUACACCAGGACAACCUAGAAAAUAUUUCUUGUACUACCAGUGGGUCUGCUUCGUACUGUUCCUUCAGGCAGUAACCUUCUAUGCGCCUCACUGGAUCUGGAAGCUCUACGAAGGUGGACUGGUCCGGCGUCUUACCCAAGAUCUUGACUGUCCUGUCAAAGACCGCGCGGAAGUUUGUAGUAAAGCAGGCGUUGUAGCAAAAUACAUUAGCACACAUUUGGGAUUGCAUGCAUGCUAUUUCUACGCUUACGUAUUCUGCGAGUUUCUCAAUUUCGUUAACGUCGUCGCACAGAUUCUCAUCACGGACAACUUCCUCGGCAAUAUGUUUACUACGUUUGGCACCGAUGUCCUGAAGUACGACGAAAUGAACCCCGAAAUUCGAAAUGAUCCGAUGUCUCGUGUGUUCCCUCGACUGACGAAGUGCGCGUUCCAUAUGUUCGGUACUUCGGGUGACGUGCAAAAAUAUGAUGCGCUCUGCAUUCUUGCGCAGAACAUCAUUAACGAGAAGAUCUAUAUCUUCCUCUGGUUUUGGUGGGUGUUGUUAGCCCUCGGAAGCGGCGUCGCCGUUGGGUACCGACUCGGCACGAUAAUGAUGCCCCGACUGCGUCACACGCUUUUAAAAAAUCGUGCUAGGAUCACCGACCGCCGAACCAUCGAUACUGUAAUGCGUCGUCUAUGCGCCACCGACUGGUUCCUCGUCUAUAUGCUAUCGAAGAAUAUGCAUCCAGUUCACUAUCGUAUCUUCUUGCAAGAACUUUCCAAGGAGUUCUCCACGACCGACGGUUCGCGCUUGCUCAACAAAGAAAAUGAUUCAAAUACUAGCACCGUUUAAACAGCCGCCACCCGUAAACUGAAAUGACACUAAUUGAGCGCGAGAAUGAUCGAGAACGGUUUGCGGCAAUUAUAAAGUAUACCCUGUAUCAAAUAAAAAACAAAAAGAAAAAAAAAAACAUUGCAUAGAGACCGAGUAAGAAAGACCGAAAGAGCAAAUUAGUACAAAUACACACGAUGGCAGGGGAUCAUCGGAGUCAAUAGCAGAAUUGCUACAGCAGAACCAAUGGAAUAUGUGGUAUAUUGAAUGGAGUGAAAGAUGUCUGCUGGUGAAUAAGAAUAGAUGGACAAGAGGUGCAUACUGAAUAGCUCUUAGUUGGUUACCGAACGAUCAACCCUUCUCACUUUGGAGAUGAAUGACGCCGUUUGAAUUUUCGGUUGACAGGACGAAAGCAAGAGACGUUUAUUUCGGUCCAAACGAAGAUUCGAAAGGGCCGCUUGUGUGAAUGUGUACAAAAUGCCUGUGGUUUUAAUAUUACAUUGUGGAAAUGCUCGAGAUUGACUAUAUUCCACCAUAAAAGUAAUGCAAUACACAGAAUCGCUAGUAAUACUAUCGCAAAAACUUACUAUCGAACUUUCAACAAGAAAGAACGAAGUUUAGUGGUAAUGCGUACGGCCCACAUUUCCCAAGUGCGGGCAGGGGGCCAUCUCAACCCGACAGUCUUUCAAAAUGCGUCUUAAGGCACACUGAAUCUCACCUAUACUACCUACUGUCUAUAUAUAGGACCAAAAUAAACUUUGUGAAUGUAUGGGAAAAUAAAUAAUGACGUAUUUUAGUAAGAAAAGUCUA